AUGACGCCCCCGCGCUUGCCCGUCGAGCUCAUUCUCCAAAUCGUGGAAUCCGUCAUCCCCGACUCACCCGACGCUCUUCUGCGCCGCGACGACCCCCGCUCCCGGCUCCUCAUUGCCUUCACCCUUGUCUGUCGGUCCACCUAUCGCGUCGCAACCCGCCUCCUCCGCAAGCACAGCGCCUCCAUCGAGAGCAGCAACCAGCUUCGCCGCAUGCUGCUUUCCCUGGAUGGACCUCACUACAGCCCUGACCCGGCCUUGUCCUGGAAGAGUAUCACCUCUCUCUAUCUAGCUCCUUUCGGCAACACUCUUGACGACCUGCCCACCGCGCGAUGGGUCAACGAGCUUUGUCAUCACACGGCCGACACGCUGCGCCGCCUCGUGAUUGAUAUGCCCUUUUCCACUCUCGACCGGUACGACGACCACCUCAACGUCCGUCAAGUCCUGCGCCAAGGAUUCGAGAGCCUUGUCAAUCUCGAGGAGUUCAUCUGCCUCUCCGAGUACCCCCAGUUAUCCACCUCGGAGGCUACCACCGAUAUCUGGGCCCUCUGGCCUAACCUCAAGCGCCUCAUGCUCUUCCACGUGCCGCUGGCCGAUCACUGGCUUUGGUGGAACAUUGCGCGGCUGCGCGACCUCGAGUUCGUCUGGUUCAUGGAGCCCAAGCCCGGCGUCUACGCCCGCUGCGCCCCUGACCUGCAGAAAAAGUUCACCGUUGCCGUCGCCGGUUGCUGGUACACGGAGGACGUCUAUCUCAUGUCUAAAUGGGAAGAGCUCGAUCCCGACGAGUGCAUGACCUUUCGAUUCUUCAGCCAAGGCCUUCCUGACGAUGUCGGUCAAAUCCGUAAGAGAUGGUUGACCAGGAACAUUGAGAAUGGGAGUCUAUGGGAUCUCGACGCGGCCUCGCGGUAUAUGGGUAACGGCGGCAGGGCCGUCGCUCGGGGUCCAAGUCGAGAGAUUGGCGGCUGGGCACCACUGAGUAGGUGCCUCCCUGCCCAGCGCGUGUGA